AACAGCAGGCAGCGGCUGUGUGAGGUUCCAGAGGAGGACAUGGGGCUUUGGCUAUAGCCUGGAGGUUACUGCCUGCUCCCAGCACUGACCAUAGCCUGGAAUCACUUUCCCAAGUCUCACUGCCAAGGGGCGAACCAGAGGGAACUUGCUGUUGGGGAAUAUCCAUCACAUCAGCGGCUGGGGGAUCUUAUUUUUGAUGUUCCAACCUAUUGGAGUAUCAUUUUGGAGAGAUUAGCGCGCCUGCUUCCAGUCGGAGGGAUUCCUCAUGAACUGGCGAUAGUUGCGGCUGGAGAGGGGAUCUCAAACAGGGCGGCACACACGAUGGAAAACUCGCCGCCGGCUGUCAAGCGAGAGCUCCGCACAGCCCAGCGCUGCGCCGGCCUUUCGGGCCUCGCCUGCUGCCUCCUGGCCGUACUAUCCCUCGGCCUGUGUGCCCUCCUGCACCAGCGGACCUCCGACCUGCAGAGCCGCGUCUCGCAUUUAGAGGCGGAGAGAGAGCAGCUCCCGGCCUGGCUCGCUGCCCACCAGCUGCAACCCGCUAUUUUUAACCGAGUGGAGGAACUCCUGGACCAGAGACUGAAGGCUCAUUUACCCAAGACCCGAGUGGCUCGCGGGGCUCCUGGAGGCUGUCUCUGCCCCCCAGGACCACCAGGAGAAAAGGGAAGACAUGGUCGCAGAGGUAUUCCAGGGGCUGCUGGACCUCCAGGAAGAGAUGGCUUUCCGGGAAACAAAGGAUCCAUGGGCCUACCAGGGAGAAGGGGUCUAAAGGGGGAUCCUGGCGAAGAGGGAGCUCCAGGAGAUCCCGGCAUCUCAAUCAUUGGACCCCGUGGCCCUCCUGGUCAGCCUGGAGCAAGAGGGUUUCCAGGAUAUCCGGGCCCGAUAGGGUUGGAUGGAAAAUCCGGAAAACCUGGCCCUAAAGGUGACAUGGGGGUACCCGGCCCGAAAGGUGACAAGGGAGACCAGGGGCAUAAAGGAGAGAAGGGACUGAAUGGUCCAAAGGGUGAUAAGGGUCAACGUGGAGAUUCUGCACUCACUUUCACUCCUCCUCGACUGAAAAUACUACCACCUGCUGACCAGUUCAUCAGACGCCUGUAUCUCAAGGGUGAACAAGGACAAGCCAGUAGCAACUGCUCUCCAGGACCCCCAGGACCCAAAGGGCCCCCUGGCCAUGCAGGGAAGCCGGGAGCGGAUGGUUUACCGGGAAAACCUGGAGAUCCUGGAAAACCUGGAAGAGAUGGAAUGCCGGGAGAACCGGGUGAAGCUGGCAGUGCUGGUGCUAAAGGAGAAAAGGGUGAAAGUGGCAUUCCAGGGAAAGAUGGUGCCGUAGGCCAGAAAGGUGACCCCGGAGACCCAGGAACAGCUGCUGAUGGAAUGAAGGGUGAGGCAGGUCUUCCAGGAUUACCUGGACCUCCUGGUCCUCCAGGUCCAAAGGGCGAAGCUGGAGUCUUAGGACCGCGGGGUCCGCCAGGUCCCAAAGGUGAGCCAGGAAAGACCGAGAUCAUUGACUACAAUGGUAACAUCAACGAUGCACUCCAGGGUCCUCCAGGUGUUCCAGGAAUGCCAGGGCUGCCAGGCCAGAAGGGCGAAAUUGGAUUGCCAGGAGUACCCGGACUUGAUGGAGAAAAGGGUUCUCGGGGUAAAAAUGGUGAUGUGGGGCCUGCCGGUCCAGAAGGACCACCAGGACCCAAAGGAGAGACAGGAAUUAUGGGAUUCCCAGGACCCAAAGGAGACAAAGGAGAAACUGGGAUGACAGGAGCCCCUGGUCUGGAUGGACCCACUGGUGAGAAAGGAGAAAGAGGUGAACCAGGAUUGCAAGGUCCUCCUGGACUACCAGGCCCAGUUGGUCUUCCUGGCUCAAUGGCAGAAAAAGGAGAGAAGGGUGAUGCGGUUAGUGGUCCUCCAGGACCACCUGGGCCAGAGGGACCUCCAGGUCCAAUGGGACCACAUGGUCUUCCAGGAACAAAGGGUGACCCUGGGUCAGAUGGUGUGAAAGGUGAUAAAGGUGACCGAGGUCACCUGGGACUGCCUGGUGUACCAGGGCCAGCAGGACCAAAAGGAGAAAGGGGCGAUAAAGGGGAUCCUGGAUAUGCAGGACCAAUCGGACCACGGGGAUUGCCUGGUUCACUGGGACCAAAGGGUGAAAAGGGAAGCCGGGGGGAGAAGGGAAAGAGAGGUUCUAAAGGGCCCAAAGGGGAUAAGGGAGACCAAGGAGUGCCCGGAUUAGAUGCACCUUGUCCAUUGGGCGAAGAUGGUUUACCUGUACAGGGCUGUUGGAAUAAAUGAUGACGAUCUAACCUCAGAAUGGAGUGUGUACAUAGAAUAUUUAUUUUUAUACAAUUUUUUGCAAUUAUAAAAGUUAUCUUUUUUAAAAAACAAUUGCAUAUUUUAAGUUCACAUUUUGUAUAGAUUGUAUUAAAUUCUGUCUUGUCUACGACUGUCCUUGCAUCUGUGUGUAUUCAUCUACUAAUUUUAUUGCAUAAUACAGCAGUAUUAUUUGCAUGAUAUUUGUGCAGAAUAUGAAAAGCCACUGUUGCAUUAUAACUUAUUGUGUUGUAUUUAUUGGGCUGCACUUCAUUGCAGACUCAGUUAUUUGAAGUCAAUUCCCUGGACCACAGUAUAUCCCUGCGGUGUUGCCUCGCUUAGAUAAUACUUGUUGCACAAGUGUGCAUAAAUCCUAGUGUCUUAAGUGCAGGAAAAGCAAUCCAACCCUUUUAUCACAGCUACUGCUAAUGGACACUGGAAAGGAACAGAUGCAUUUCUGCUUUAUAUUUUUAACCAAAAAAAAAGUUAAAUUCUUGAAUCUGUGUAGAGUCCAAAUAUUUGAACUGUAUUAGCUGUUCACUGAUUGUUCUCAGGUAUAGCAAUGAUAAUACAACACUGUCAUUCCAGCAUUUUCACAUUCAAUGACCAAGAAAAGCAAAGUUCAAAAACCUAUGCAUUGCUACAAAUGCCUCACUACAACAGCUCUUAAUUCAAGUUGCACAGUGAGGCUUCAGUUGAUGAAAUUGCCAAGGCGAUGUGGCUCCUGACAGAUGCCAAUGUCCUUUCACUGAAGUGGAUUUUUUUAAUAAUAGGCAGAAUGGGAAGUGCCAAGGAAGUCUUUUACUCUCUGACAGCCCCAAUAAAACAAAGGUUCCUCAUUGAUUUUAACUAAAAUGAUACAGAGAAAUAUCAUUAACAUUUGUUUACAGCUUUUUAGACUUGUGUAUCAAACGUAAAGUUUAAAUAAAUAUAUAUAUAUGAUAUACCUUUACCAAGAUGCUGGUGAGGAUUAUGCCCCAUUGACAACCAUAAUUUGAUGCUUGAGUCAUUGGUAUAUUGCUGUAAAAUAGACCCUGCACCAACCAAUGUCUAGGCUACAAAGCCAGUGCUUUUACUUUAGCUGUCAUAGAGUCAGAGAAGGUCAUUUUACCUGUAGGUGUAGUCCCACAUUCCUGAUACCACUUUAGUUAAUCUCUUCUGCACCCUUCUCGUGGCUAUUCUCAUGCUUGCUAAAGUGCUGUUCCCAAAAAUGGACACAGUACUGUACCUGGGGCUGAACUAAUGUUUUAUAAAUGUUUAGUGUAACUUCCACAUUUUCAUAUCCUAUGUGCCUAUGAAUAAUGCCAAGGAUCCUAUACAAUUUUCUUUGAAACUACAGCGUAUCUUUCUCUCUAGAAACUGCCAUUGGUGAUGUUAGCAGAAAGUAAAUGUAUUGCAUUUCUUUGCAAUUUUAUCUCAAGCAUUCAGCAGUUUGAUUUAAAUUUAUGUCAAACAAGUUAUUGCGUCUGUGGUAAAACUGCAGAAAUAACAAUGUCAAUUUGCUAAAUAUGCACUUUUUCCACCUGAUGGUUAGUUUUCAAGUACUUCCUUAAAAAACUCAAAUUCGCUUUUGCACAUUCUCUGAUCCCUGAUUCCUUUCAGUGCCCUUUGCAAAACCCACAUGGCUUGUAAGUUUAAUUACAAUUAUUAUCCUGUUAAGUACAGUACAGACCUGAAGAACAGACCAUACAUUAGGUCCAGCAGAAAGCUGAAACCUUUUUGAAUUUUUUUACAUGAAUUGCCCAACUCAGUAAAAAAUACCAGUCAGGAUUUCUAAUCAAGUGGCAUCCAGACCCCAGGGACCGGAGAGCAUGUUUUGUUUUUGUACCUGAUGCUGCAUGAGCCUGUGUUUUGAGCAUGUGUUUUCCUAUGAGCGCCACCUGAAGUGAUGAGUUCUAAACCGCUACAUUUGCCACUGCCAGGGCCAGACACCAUGGCUGAAUGCAAAAUAGUAAUGGAGUUGGCCAGCACUGGAAACAAUUUGAGACUGCUGUGGAGAAACCUUCCAUGACUUCUUGUCAGAAAAUGUUUGACACCAAAAAAAAACGUAUUGGAGGAACGGAGUGCUGAAUGUUUUCAGUUUCAGAAAGCCACUUCCACUCUCCAGCAGAGGUUUGUGUGCAGCGAUCAGUGAGGUCUGUAGAUUGAACCAUGUUCAUCACCACAUUCCAGGUGAUGCAUGAAAAGCAGCAGAAUGGGAGUGCAUAUAUUUUGACUGUGGAACUGACAGGUCCGUUUGAAUUCAGAUGUGAGCCUCAUUCUUUCAGGAUGCGCAGGGACAACCUGUUGAGCAAUUUAAUAUAUUGCUAUACAUUUGAUGGACCAUUAACUAAAUGGCCACCAUCACUGAGCAUUUUUGUUUUCUCUUCCUUCUAUGAGAGUAUCAGAUAAACACACUGCCAAAAAUUUUAUGAUUCCUUUUUAAUCAAUGUAUUUUGGGGAACUGACCAGAACUGUUGGCAGUUUGCAUCAUUUAUUUUUGAAUGGUGAUGUAUCGGCAUCUUUGUACAGUUCAUUUGAAUAAAUAAUUGGUAUCAUCACCAUUCUUUGAAAGAAAACUUGAUUUCUUGCUUUACCUGCAUUUUUGAAUGAGUUUUUUUGGGGUGGGGAGAAGUGAGAGAAAAUUGCUUAUUAUCCACCUCUGGUUUUACUUUUGUAAAAGACUCCAUAAUCUGUUUCUUCAGAUGUUUGCAUUUAGAUUUGAAAAAAGUCAGAUAUCUCUUCGUUAAACUUUAUAUAUGAAUGAAGACUUCCAUCCAUCAAGCUGACACCAGUGUUUGAUUUUAUAUGUAUCUGGAGCACAGUAAACAAUGUAAAAAUCCUUCUCUGAGGGGCUAUAGGACAAAUAGUGAUGUUCAAACCAACCUUAUAAUGGAAAUGUUAAGUCUACAUUGUCACAGAGCCCCAUGUUUCAGACAAAGUGCUACUGGGCUGCAGAAUAAAAGUGUUAAUUUGUAUGGCCUAUGAAGAACAUAUUUUGAAUCCACUACUGCAUGCUUGAUAAUUAUAGAAUUAGUUAUUUUUAACAAGCAAGAUCCAUCUAGCACAUGCCUCUCUGUUGUAGUUGCAAGAGGCAUCCAGUCAUUCCUAUUUGAUUAACAUUUUUAGUUUUGUUAAGUCAUUGCAGUGUGACAUAUGAGAAUUAAAUUCCAUUUUGCAGUAAUUCCACAUAAAGCCAUGGUCAUAGAAUGAUACAGUACAAAAGGAGGCCAUUUGCUCCAUAGUAUCUCUGUUAGCUCUUUGGUAGAGCUACUCAACAUUACUUCGAACAAUUUAACAACAAGCACUGCAUGCAGAGUUCUCUCAACAAACCUGUUGGUUGGUUGAAUUUACACUUGCAAUAUACAUCUGUAGAUAUAUUUUUACUGCACUUGAAAACUAUAAAGUAUUAAAUUGUUGUAAAAGUUACUCUUUCGGUUUUUGUAAUCAGUGAAUCUUGAGAAGCAAUGACUUCUGAAAAUGUACCAUCUCUUUAUCCAACACAUUUUUAUUCCUUUGCAGAAUGCUUUCACAUUCUGGAAAGAUUUAGGGACUUGACUUUUUUUUAAACCCAUCUGCUAUUGCUCCUAAACAUCAUUUCCCAUACGACAACUUUAUUGUAACAGGAAUCAUUAUUUAGAAGUGGGGAUAGGAUCUUCAUCAUAGCUGCAGAAAUUAUCUGAGCUAUACCUUCAUUUUUAAUGACCAGUUUUAAUUGCAGCAUAUAAUUUUGCAUUUAUGAUGCUUAACUUAUUUUUAAAGCCUUCAAUUUUAAUUAAAAACAUUUGUUGAAGCUUAUUCGUUAGCAUUAACAAUUUCAAAAAGUUACAAAAAUUUUAUAUUGAGAUUUGCUUUUGUAGCAUAAGAUGUAUAAUACUAUAAAAUACUUGUAAAUGAACUUGUAUUAUAUUUUUGAGUUUACGUGUGAAGGAGAUCAGUAAAUCUGACUCCAACUUCCAGUUCAAUUUUUGUGAAGCAGCGGAGAUCCAAAUGUUAACAUUGUUUGCUGAUGACUCUGUUUGCUGAAUGUUCACCUUUAUUGUUGGCAUGCAAUAUCUUUGACUGUAUAUCCCACCUUUUUAAGAAAUCCAUUUUCCAAAAACACUGAUAGCAAUUUGUCCAAUGUAACUCCCUGUACCUGUGCCUUUAGUGCAGGUAACUUUUCCUGCUUUAUGUGGGAUGCUGCAGCUGAUCCGAAAUCAUUGUUUAUUUUUCCCAUUUGACUGUAACGGUUUUAUUGCUUCAGUGAUGGAUCAUCUGUUGGUUAAGAUAGCAUUUGGCUUAUCUGUUUUGUCUCUGUUUCAUCUGCUGUACAAAAUAUAACAUUUUCAAAGUGAAA